GUUUAACCGCGAAAACAACUCGUUUCUAUCGCAAACAAGUGCAAAAACUGUCACGAUAAGUGUGACGUCACCGGUACCGCCAUCUUUAUCAUGUGUCAUGUACUGUUGUCGUAAAAGUGUGUUCGUCAUCUCCGCAAAGUUUGGAAUACCUGUCAUUAUUUAUAAAUAAAUCACACCCUCGCCUGCAUUCUCUGCGGAUCUUUUAGUUUCACUAACAUGGAAGGCAGUGGUAACUCUGGGGAAGCAGACAUGGGUGGUCCUCGUGCACCGCAACAAGCAGCAUCCGCGAAAAAGCUGCAACAAACACAAGCGACUGUUGAAGAGGUCGUGGGGAUAAUGAAAGUGAAUGUGGAGAAAGUACUGGAAAGGGAUCAGAAACUCUCGGAGUUAGAGAAUCGCGCGGAUGUGUUGCAACAGGGAGCGACACAGUUUGAACAGCAAGCUGGGAAACUAAAAAGGAAGUACUGGUGGAAGAAUCUCAAGAUGAUGAUAAUUAUUGGCAUCAUUUGUGUGAUCAUAUUGAUCAUCAUCAUUGCCUCACUAGUGCCUGGCUCAUCGGAUUCCGAUAAUCCCUCUUCUAACUGAUAACAUUAUACCAAAGGGGAUAUAAUGCUUGGCCCGUUAAUUCUUAUCUAAGAAAGUUAGCAACGGCGAUGUAAGUGUUGGGGAAAACGAUGUUUAGAUGUACUGCGAUUAUUAAUCGUCACGAUUUGAAGUCUUGUUGAGAACAAUCAUGGUACCAGCAACAAAUAUAUAGACAUAUAUUUUUGAGACUUAAACUUAUUCGAACGCACAAUUUCUAGACUAACGACAGUAUGAAUACGGGUGGUCUUUAUUUCUUCUCUUUUCUCUUUUUUUUUUCUGGUAAAACAGUGAACAGACAAUACAUUUUCAUAGUGUUAUCUUGUUAAAAUGCUUAUUGUACAUUUAUUA